AUGAGCACGAAAGACGAAAAAUUUACCAAUGAAAACGACAUUGAAGGAAACACAGAAGAAAUUGUUGACACUUUUGAUGCACUUGGUUUGAAUGAAAAAUUGUUAAGAGGUAUUUAUUCUUAUGGUUUUGAAAAACCAUCAGCUAUUCAACAAAGAGGCAUUAAACCAAUAUUGAAUGGUUACGACACGAUUGGUCAAGCACAGUCUGGAACUGGAAAAACUGCAACUUUUGUUAUUUCCUCAUUGCAGUUAAUAAAUUAUGAUUAUGUUGCAUGCCAGGCUUUAAUUUUAGCUCCCACGCGUGAAUUGGCUCAACAAAUUCAAAAGGUUGUUCUUGCCCUAGGAGACUACCUCAAGGUUAAGUGUCAUGCAUGUGUAGGAGGAACCGUUGUAAGAGAAGAUAUCGACAAAUUGAAGCAAGGUGUACAUAUGGUUGUUGGUACCCCAGGUAGAGUGUACGAUAUGAUUGACAAGAGGCACUUGGGUGUUGAUAGGUUGAAGUUAUUCAUUUUAGAUGAAGCUGAUGAAAUGUUAUCAAGAGGAUUUAAGGCUCAAAUAUAUGAAGUAUUUAAAAAGUUAGUCCCAGAUAUUCAAGUUGCCUUAUUUUCUGCUACUAUGCCACAAGAAAUCUUAGAAUUAACAACUAGAUUUAUGAGAGAUCCCAAAACUAUAUUAGUUAAAAAAGAUGAAUUAACCUUAGAAGGUAUAAGACAAUUUUAUGUUGCUGUAGAAAAGGAAGAAUGGAAAUUAGAUACAUUAUGUGAUUUAUAUGAAACUUUAACUAUUACGCAAUCUAUUAUUUAUUGUAACACGAGAAAAAAGGUCGAUAUUCUAACCCAAGAAAUGCAUAAUCGACUCUUUACUGUUUCUUGUAUGCAUGGUGAUAUGGACCAAAAAGACAGAGAUUUAAUUAUGAGAGAAUUUAGAUCCGGUUCCACAAGAGUUUUGGUUACUACUGAUUUGUUAGCUAGAGGUAUUGACGUUCAGCAAGUUUCAUUAGUUAUUAAUUAUGACCUACCUUGCUCACCUGACACGUAUAUUCACAGAAUUGGUCGUUCAGGUCGAUUUGGUCGUAAGGGAGUUGCUAUUAAUUUUGUUACAAAUGAUGACAAGGAAAAGGAUAAAUUGAAGAAAAUCGAAUCCUACUACAGUACACAAAUAGAAGAAAUGCCUUUAGAAGUUGCGGACUAUUUGUAA